AUGAACUACACGUCAGCCAUACUCCUUGGAGUGAUGCUGCUAUGGCCCUGGAACGCCUUCCUGUUAGCUACACCCUACUUGCGACACAGAUUCUUACCUAUUCCGACACUCUCUAACAACACGGCGUCCUCCAUCAUGACGGUAUCGACGGUCACGUCCGUGGUGACCAACAUGUGGCUGCAGACGUGGAAGAAGGAUUAUAGAGAUAGAGUGGUCAUGGGUCACGUGAUUAUCGCUUCUGUGUUUGCGGUGCUCGCUGUUCUGUGUGUGCUGUUUCUGUGGCUUCCUACAGCCUUCUACUUUUGUGUCGUUAUGCUGCUCGACUGUCUCAGUAGUGUGGGUGUUUCUGUGGCCCAGAAUGGCUCUUUUGCGCUUGCGUCGGAGAGAAACACCCAGGGAAUCAUGAUGGGUCAGGGUCUGGCUGGCAUCAUGCCUGCGCUGGUGUCCCUGGUGGCAACUACAGCCGGAGACAGUGUUGAUUACUCAUCAGCUGCAUCAUGGAGCACGGCGUUUUCGUUCUUUGUAGCCACAGCUAUCGCCGGUCUGUCUCUGUUUGUGUUCUCACGAAGCAAGCCGGCAAAGAAGGACCUGGAACAAGAACCGUUCAUCGGGGAAGAAGAUCUCACCUCUUCUACGGAGCUGCGACGCCCCGAAUCACCCGCAUACCCUGUUCCGGGAGAUGAACCUGCUUCAAACGUGCCUAUCAGAGUGCUGGCCGAGAAACUGAAGGCUCCUGCGUUCUCCAUCAUUUUCACGUUCAUGGUGACACUCUCAUUCCCCAUUUUUGCCGAACUCGUGGAACCAAACAACUCCGUGUCCCAGGCCAUUAUCCCCAUUGCAUUUGUUGUCUGGAACGGAGGAGAUCUACUUGGUAGAUCUAUCUGUGCGAAGGAGAAGUUUGUGGUUAAGGGCAGCCGAAAUCUCGUCACCUACGCUCUUUUACGGUUCUUUUUCAUUCCUGUAUUCUUUCUGUGCAAUAUCAAGGGUCGAGGAGCCGUCAUUCCCUCAGAUAUUUUCUAUUUACUGUUACAGUUUUGUUUUGGAGUCACCUCGGGCCAUUUAUCUAGCUCCUCCAUGAUGUCUCCAGGCGCGUAUGUCAGCAAGAGCGAGCUGUCUGCCGCCGGUGGGUACAUGACUCUAUGUUUGACCAUUGGUCUAGCUCUUGGAGCUCUUGCCUCCUUUAUUUUGGUGGCUUUGAUUGGAUAG